CAAGUUUUUCUUUCCAAAAGUCGCAGUCUCGAAACUACCGUGAAGUUCCCGAGUUCCCCCCCAACUCAGUCGAGUCGAGCGGUGGACGGAGUUUAGUUUGCAGGAGUUGGAACGCUGUUGACGCCCCCAAAAGUCACUGAGCCCGAGCGAGUGGGAAUCGAGAAAUGCGACCCAACAUUGUUACCGAGGCUGGCUUGCCUACUCGGUUGGGACAAUGGUGGGAAGGGAUUCCAUUCCUCACUUCUGCCGUGGUCAUCACGUGUGGUACCAUAUACUUGAUAUGCCUUCUAACGGGAUAUGACUCCUUUCAUGAAGUAUGUUUCUUGCCUUCAGAAGUCAUAUCACGAUUCCAAGUGUACAGGAUAUUUACGUCAAUUGUCUUCCACGGUUCACUGCUGCAUGUUUUCUUCAACAUGCUGGCUUUGGUUCCUUUGGGCUCAGAGCUGGAGAGACUGAUGGGAUCUGUACGGCUGUUGUACAUAAUAGUUCUCUUGGCCACAAGCAGUGCUGUUUUCCAUCUCUUCAUUGCGCUUUUGGUAGCCCAUAAUCCUUUUCGUCGUUCUCCAUACCUGAUGAAUGAGUGUUCAAUUGGCUUUUCCGGGAUUUUAUUCUCCAUGAUCGUGAUAGAGACGAGUUUGAGUGGAAUUCAAUCAAGAAGUGUGUUUGGACUCUUCAACGUGCCUGCUAAAUGGUAUGCCUGGAUCUUGCUGGUUGCCUUCCAGCUUCUUAUGUCAAAUGUGUCAUUACUUGGACAUCUUUGUGGAAUUCUGUCGGGUUUUGCAUAUACUUAUGGCCUUUUCAACUAUCUCAUACCUGGGACAUCAUUUUAUUCUGCCAUAGAGGCCUCCUCGUUACUGUCAACUUGUGUAAGACGGCCAAAAUUUAUCAUGUGCACUGGGGGGAAUACUACGGGUUACAUCCCUACAUACUUGAAUCAAAAUGCAACAUCCAGUGGAUUGAUCUCUGGAAAUUUGUGGAGAAAUUUGUCUGCCUGGAUGCCACAGCGGGAAACUUCUGUUCAGUCAACACAAGACGGUAGGUUUCCUGGUAGAGGAAGGACGCUAGGAUCUGAAAGAGGUCAAAUGGUUUCUUCUCAAAAUUCUGAUUACAACUUACAGGCUAGACUCCUGGAUAAUAAUGGCCCUGAACAUUCACCAGGCAUCGCACCUGUAGGUUCUGGGCUGCCGUUACUGGAUGGAAGGAACCUGGAAAACACAUUGCCCGUGACUUUAGAAAGCCAUCUACACAAUCAGGCAUCAGUUGUUUCCGAUGAAGAAGUCCAAAAACUUGUAUCAAUGGGCUUUGAUAGGACACAAGUUGAAGUAGCAGUUGCAGCAGCAGACGGGGAUCUUGAUGUAGCAGUAGAGAUUCUGAUGAGCCAACAGGGGUGAAGCCGGGGCAAGCGCUUUUUCCACAUUAUUCCUGGUUAGCUCCUCCAUUGCGAUUGAUCUUCUGUGCUUAGUUUCAGCUGAUUAUCCAGUGUCAUUCUGUAUAUAACUUACUCUUAAUUACUCAGUUUAACAUGGUUUUACAAUGGUUCAAAA